GGAUUGCACGUGAUGUAAUGUGUUGAUGACAUCCGGUGGCGUGAAAUGUCUAUCGACUUACUCGUUAGCCAUUCCUGGCAAGAAGUGGCCAUCUUCGAGCAGGUGUGAACUUCAUCUACACUCACCUUUGCCUUCGCUAUGCGUUCUUCAAAAGUCGGAAUCGCCAAACCUCCUGAGAAAAUCGAAAAACCACCGAGCGGUCGGAAGAUGUCGACAAGUUCCAGAGCUACUGUCCAAUCUUCACAAAGCCAGAAGAGCCAUAACAAUGAGAAUCAUGUCGACAAUAAUGACCCCACCUACGACAGAAAAGAACUGAAGGAGUAUCGACAGCUGUUCAACAUGUUCGAUACGGACGGGUCCGGCGCCAUUGGAAAUGACGAACUCAAGCAAGCCAUGCUUAGCAUUGGGAUCCACGCCAACGAAGCUGAAAUCGACAACGUUAUAAAAGAGGUUGACGCAGAUGGUAACGGUGAGAUCGAUUUUGAAGAGUUCUGUGCGUGCAUGAAAAAAUCACAAAGCAUCAUAAAAUCUACAAACGAAGAGCUCAUUAGAGAAUGUUUUGACAUAUUUGAUCAGGAUCACAAUGGAAUAAUCACUGAAAGCGAGUUUAAGUAUAUUGCAAAGGAAUUCGGAGAUUUCACUGAGGAGCUAGCUGAGCGGGUGUUCCGCGAGCUGGACGUCUCUGCGAACGGACACUUGUCAGCUGAUCAGUUCGCUACGAUUGUCGAGGAUUAUUUGUUGUCUGAUAACAGUAAGCCCGAGCACCCUGAGGAAUAGGUCGUAUAUUUCGAACCAGAGGAGCCAAGAACUUGAUAUGUACGGUUAUUUUUUUUCACCCAAGUGC